AUGUGCAGCCAGGAGUGCGGUAAGCUUCUGCCGCCUAUCCCUCACUUCGCCACCAAUGCCAUCCACUACGCGCAGGAGCCCGAGCAGUGGAAUUCCAAGGCCGUGGUGCCGCCUAUCACGCUCUCCACCACCUUCAAGCAGCAAGUACCCGCGAAGGACGAGGAGAGGUACGAAUACACCCGGUUCGACAAUCCGAACAGGCGUAUCCUGGAGAAGGUUAUGUCCGUCCUCGAUGGAGCCAAAUACAGCUUAGCUUAUUCCUCUGGCAUGGCAGCAAUUAUGAACAUCUGUCACCUGCUGAAGUCAGGAGAAACAAUUAUCUGCACUGAACACGUUUAUGAAGGCACGAAAGAAUUAUUUGACAAAAUGAAAAAGGAGUUCAAUUUGGAAGUGUUUUAUGUUGACUGCACAAAGCCAGAAGAGCUGGAAAAAAAGAUUAAAGAACAUCCCUCGACCAAGCUGGUUUGGCUCGAGAGCCCCACGAACCCCACGCUGAAGGUGAUCGACAUCAAAGCCUGCGCAGACAUCGCGCACAGGCACCCGGGGGUGCUGGUGGCCGUGGACAACAGCUUCAUGUCUCCAUAUUUCCAGCGUCCUUUGGCCCUGGGGGCUGAUAUUUGUAUGUCUUCUGCAACCAAAUACAUCAAUGGGCACAGUGAUGUUCUCAUGGGCCUGGUCUCUGUAAAUGAGAAAUGUCUCUAUGAGAAGCUGAAAUUCCUGCAGAGGACCCUGGGAGCUGUCCCCUCUCCCUUUGACUGUUACAUGUGCAACCGGGGCCUCAAGACUCUGCACAUCAGGAUGAAGCUGCACUUCCACAACGGCCUGGCUGUGGCCAAGUUCCUGAAAUCCCAUCCCUGUGUGGAGAAGGUCAUGUACCCAGGGCUGGCUUCCCACUGUCAGUGUGAGGUGACGAAGAGGCAGUGCUCAGGUGUUUCAGGGAUCGUCAGCUUCGAAAUCCAAGGGGAAGAACGUAAUGCUUAUGCCUUUCUCAGGAACCUGAAGGUGUUCACCGUGGGCUUCAGUGUGGGUGGCUAUGAGAGCCUGGCAGAGCAUCCGUACAGCAUGACCCAUCAGAAUCUGCCUGAGGAGGAUAAGAAACGUCUGGGGAUCACAAAGACCUUGAUCCGCCUCUCGGUGGGGCUGGAGGAUGAGGAGGAUCUGCUGGCAGACCUGGACCAGGCCCUGAAGGCUGCGGUGAGUGGGGACUUAAACCUUGUAUAA